AAUUAAUUCAAGAUUACUGCUCCACAAACAAGGGAGUCAUGGCGAUCGGAGCACCAGGGUCGUCGCACCAGCCACCGCGCGACGCAAGCAACAUCCUGGAGAACGUGUGGGCGACCAUCAUUGCGGAGACGCCGUCAGGGUGCACGUCGACGCCAGCGUCGUCGACUGCGGCGGUGUCGACAUCGUCAGGUGAUCAGGCCGGCGCGGACAUCCUUCGGCGGCUGCCCAGCCUGGGCAGAUGGAUCUCCAUGGGAGCCGACGAGUGGGACGAGCUCCUCAACCUAGCCGCGGCGCCGUCCCACGACGACGAGCAGCCCCCGCUGAUGGCGGCCUCGCCUGGAGGUGAAGCGCAGAGCACCACCAGCAAGGCGCCGUCGUCCAGGAGCUACAGAGGGGUGCGGCGGCGGCCGUGGGGCAAGUUCGCGGCGGAGAUCCGGGACACGCGAAGGAGGGGCGCGCGGGUGUGGCUGGGCACCUUCGCCACGGCGGACGAGGCCGCCAUGGCAUACGACGUGGCGGCGCUGCGCAUGCGCGGGCCACGCGCGCACCUCAACUUCCCGCAGGAGACCGUGCAGCGCCGCCUGGAGCGCGACGCGCAGCUCCAGGCUGCCGGCUCAGACGGCCACCAGGCCACCAGCCGCGUGCGCCGCAAGAGGAGGAGGAUGAGCGGUGCCACCGCCACCGAUCGUGCAAGAACCGUCGACGCUGGGGCGGCUGGAAGCUCCGACAUGCAGAUGGUGUCGUUCGCCGGCUCGGGGAGAGAUCACGGGACAACAGUGCAGGAUCGAUACGUGAUGAGGAGCGGUGAUGUAGGAGCUGCAAAUCGGGUGAUGGAGUUGGAGGAGAUUGGUAGCGAGUAUUGGGACUACCUGUUCCCGCCUAUCGUAUAGGGCCGGAUGGUGAUCAAUUUGUAGAGUUAAUUGGGUAUAUGGUUGUGUUUGUGUUUGUGUGUGUGGAUGACAGUACAUAGCAAUUAGCUAGCUGCAUUGAUCUCCCUGCUGAUUUAAUCUCAGUUUCAGUAGUAAUUCGUAUGCAUAAAGAUGCGUGAUAUGA